AUGCAGACGUUGACGCGCCAGGCAGCUUUGGCAAAUGGCCCGCCUGUAGGAUCCACGCCCAUUGAUUGGAACCUUACCCCCUCGAAAUGGCUGGACCGUGUAGCUGAGAACAAUUUCUCUUGGUUUUGCGGCAGCCGGAUCAUACUCGAUUGCCACUAUCGUGCGCUUUCGAUUUGCUUCGUCAGCCUCAUGCCUGAGGAUCCGACCGACUGGCCCCCUGCCUUUGGCAAGAUGGCAGAAUCAUAUACGAUCAGAAAGUUCUGGGGGUGA